AUGGCGACUGUUAACGGAACCGUGGGCAAUACAAGCAAGCCCGUCGCUCGGCUUCCCAGCAAACCCGUCGUCCCUGUUCUGCCGCUCAACUUCCCCCAGCGUCCAGCGAACAAGAAACCGUCUGGCCCGCCGGCCAGCUCAUCCCCGAAGAAAGGCGAGAACGGUGUCCGACCUGCUGGGAAGGAAAAGGCCGGGCCGCAAACGCUGAAUUCAAAUCAAGCGCCGAUAAAUGGGAGCUCAACCGAGCUCGGCAUUAUCUCCAAGAACAACAUUGACAACACGGCGUCCUCUACUCGUCGCGCUCAGGCUGAAGCUGUUAUCAAGACGGAGACAAAUGGCCUGGUUUCAACCUUAGAUGGUGAGAAAGCCUCACCUACAGUCUCUACCGUCGUCCCCGACCGGCGGAUUGUAUCACCUGCCCACCGUCGACCGCCGGGCUUUGCCAACCCCGCCCCGGAAAUCAUGGCUACAUCCGGCGCGCUCCCUGACGGCCCGGUUCCUGCGCCACAUCCUGUCACGAUCAAUCGACCGGCUGCUUUCCACCAACCUCACCUCAGCAACGGGAGCUUGAUUCUGGGUCCGUUUCAUGAUUCAAACGCAUCGUCGCCUGCUCCUCGGUCGGGCGGUGGCGUAUUCCAUUUUCCUCCUGGACUGCUCCCAUACCCGCCGCCUGCGCUGGAUGCCUAUGGGCGCCCCUUGCUGGUGUCUCCGGCUGUCGAUGGUUUUGCCCCCACUGUUGGUAAUCAUCAUACACCGCCCACUCCCCAUAGCUUUCACGGUUCACAAACGUCGACACAGGCAGAGGAACUUGGCUUCAACCCGUAUUCCGUUGCCAACGGUCAUGCCGGACCCAAUGGAUCAGCGUCACGCCAGGGUCCGAUGCCUCCGCCGGGCAUGAAUCCGCCAAUGAUUGGCACCGCCCACCAUGUCCCAGGUUCGGGCCCGGGUUACCAAGGCCUGCGAGACCAAGAAGAGGCUCUGGCGUUUCUGCGGCAUGGCAUAUCCGACAACACGUUCAACGACUGCGUGCUCGAGGUACGCUUCUCCGAUAGCCCAGAGUUUCAGGACCAUCCCGGUUAUCGACAACUCCAUUCCGUGCUAAGAACUCACGGUCACCGUUAUAUCUUCUCUCGCAGCCCUAUGCUUGCCGCAACCAUGAAGACCCAGGGAACCAUGCCGGGCGGCGUCAUUUUCCUUGAGGCCAACGACGAGUAUAUGCGAUCUGAUGUUUUCUGGUACGCCCUUCGCACGCUCUAUGGCUGGAGUCUCGCCGACAGCAUCCUUCCUCAUGAGCUGGCCCUCCGUGACGUUAGAGAUGACCUCAAGACAGCCCUCAGCUACAUCGCCACUGCCCGGUACUUGCAACUUCCAUGGGUGCAGUCAGUUGCUGUUCACCGGGCCAGCCGCCUUUUGUUCUGGAACACCAUCGAAGUGGCGGUCAAGUUCGUCUCGCAGGUUGUGGCCGUGUCGCCCCGGACUGAUGGCUUUGGCGUCUCCGAGCUGCUAGACCAGGUCCUCACCUUCAUUGUCCACAACUUCCCCGCCGAUUUCAUUCUCGAUCUCAGUGCAGGUGACUAUGGACUUCCUCGUCUUCCUCCUUCGAGCACCACUCCGAGCAACCAGGACAACCCCACGGUUGCCAACGGCACGUCUGUCGGGCUGCAUAGCCGUCAGCCUUCCAAGACCCAGGCACAGAUGCCGCGGAAUCCGCAUGUUUCUUCCCACGUCCGGUUGUCCCAGAUCAAGUUUGGGGACAUUUCGCCGUCCAAGAACGGGCGGUCCGCGCGCGGACCGACCCCGAACGACACCAUCCUCUCGCGCAUCUUGCUUAACCUCCCCUUCGAGCUGUUGAAGCAGAUUCUUGAGCACCCGCACCUGGCCAAGUUGUCCGGCGAGCUCAACCCGACCGCUAGGCAGUCCAUCAUUACCGAUAUCAUUGGCGAGCGUGAGUCAAGGCGACUGCGCGUCCUGGAAAAAGCAGACUCCCAGCUUCGUUUUUACCAGGAGAGGGUUGAGAACGCUACUGGACCUUCGGUGGUCGGCAGCAUGGACGAUUUCUGGGUCAACAACAUGGGCUUUAAGGAAGAGGUGUUCCCCGGGGAUCUCCCGUACCUCGUCCACACUUGGUCGCAACCGAUUCCGUCCAGCGUUAGCAGCUGA